CCCUACCAACAAUAGUGGGUGAAUCAGUAAUAACAAAACUAUUGAGAUAAGUUUUAAAGCUUAUUGAGAAAUAUUGAUUGUGUUUCUAUAAAUACUUUACCGUUUAAUUUUGUAAAAAACCUUCAUAUUUAAUUUUCAGAUAUGGAUCCAAUGAACAACAGUCCUUCAUUUUUAAAGCUUAUUCAGGAAGAUGACCAGAUAUUUUUGCAAAUACCUAAUGACUUUGCUUCAAUGAUUUGGGGAGACCAACCACCUUACAAAGAUUCAGUUAAGAUUGUUGAUGGCAACAAGUUAUGGUUUGUAAGACUGAAAAAAAAACUGAUGUUGGCCAUGUUCUUGCGGAUGGCUUCACCAAAGUUGUUCGGGAUAGUUGUAUAAGAAAAAAUAACUAUCUUAUGUUUCAGUCAUUUGGACAAUCAUCAUUCUUUCUAAUGGUGUUUAAAUCAUUUGUUCAUCAAUACUGCUUUAUAUCCAAAAUCACACCUGACAAAGACGUUAUUGUCAUGGCUGAUGAAUUUUGGAGGCAAUUUUAUGGGAAAAAUUUCAAAGGUGGUCAAUCAACUCUUUAUUUAGGAGAUAGAUUUUGGAACGUUAAGAUGGACGGAUUAACUGACAACUGUGUUUUUACUCAUGGAUGUUCUAAGAUGGUAAACGAUCUUGCCUUAGACAGCCGAUCUAUCUUUGUCUUUUCAAUGGUUGGAAAUAAAAUUUUCGAGCUUUCAGUCUUUAAUCAUCAAACCAGUACUCAAAUUCAGAACAACAAGGUUGAGUUAGUUGUUUUGGAUGACUCCAUCUAUGGUGAUGAUGGUGAUGAUUUGGUUAUUGCGUCCGAACAUAAGGAGAAGUGUAGUACUGCCGAAACUGACUUUCAGGAAAGUGUUGUUGUGGAAUGUGAAGACGACAAAUUUCAGUUGACAAGUUUUGAGUCUGUGUUCAAUGAUAUUGAUGAUUCGAAGUUUGAUAACUUUUUCUCAUCUCUACUUGAAAUGGAAGACCUUAAGAAGAAGGACAAAAGCAACUUUGAGAUAGACCUGAACAAAUUUUUGAUACCGAAGAAUAACUCCCAUGUAUAUCUGAUUACUUAAGUAUUAUAUAAUUCAAUGUAUUAAUUCAUUCUAUAUUAAUAAUUUUUAUACUCUUUUGUUUUAUAGGUUGAUCCUACACGAAAAACAAAUAUUUUUAUUUCUGAA